CCUUCACAGAGCUGUGCUCUCCUCUUCCGCGUGCAUCCCGGUCUCGAAAAAGUCCUCGCCUCGUUGGUUAGCGCUGCCUUUUAAAGCAAACGGGCGCGCACUUCCAGCCGUCAUUCAGUCUGAAUACUAGACACAGGGAAGGAGUACUGCUGUGUCGUCCAACCAUCCCUCUCUUUCUUCCCCUGCUAUUAAUAGCUACUAAACUAGCUACCCCCUUUAGCUGUUGUUAUUUUUUAUUUGUAUGUUAACGUUAAACGGUUAGUCAACUAGCUCAACCAUGUACCGGUACUUCGGGGAGUUGUUAUCCCGCGGGGCAGGCAGUGCGCUGGCCUCGGGGUGCGUGGACUCUGCUCUCCCAGCAUCGGCCUCUCUAAUGCGGGUCCGACAGUAUAGCGAGCAGCCCGACGACCCCAACUUCUUUCGCAUGGUGGAGGGUUUCUUCGACCGCGGAGCCGCCAUCGUUGAGGACAAGCUUGUGGAGGACCUAAAGAGCAGAGAGACCCACGAACAGAAGACGAAACGAGUGAAGGGGAUUCUCCGCAUCAUCAAGCCCUGCAACCACGUCCUCAGCGUCUCUUUCCCCAUCAAAAGGGACAACGGAGAGUGGGAGGUAGUGGAGGGCUACCGCGCCCAGCACAGCCAGCACAGGACGCCCUGCAAGGGGGGUAUCCGCUACAGUGAAGAGGUGUCUGUUGAUGAGGUGAAGGCUCUGGCCUCUCUGAUGACAUACAAGUGUGCCGUGGUUGAUGUACCCUUCGGAGGGGCUAAAGCUGGUGUCAAGAUCAACGUCAAAAAUUACUCUGACAAUGAGCUGGAGAAGAUCACCAGGAGGUUUACCAUUGAGCUGGCCAAGAAAGGCUUCAUCGGGCCAGGUAUUGAUGUGCCUGCUCCUGACAUGAGCACCGGAGAGAGAGAGAUGUCCUGGAUCGCUGACACAUACGCCAACACCAUCGCACACACUGACAUCAACGCCCACGCAUGUGUGACAGGGAAGCCCAUCAGCCAGGGCGGUAUCCACGGUCGUAUCUCAGCCACCGGUCGCGGAGUGUUCCACGGCAUUGAGAACUUCAUCAACGAGGCUUCCUACAUGAGCAUGCUGGGCCUGACCCCCGGCUUCCAGGACAAGACCUUCAUCAUCCAGGGCUUUGGUAAUGUGGGUCUCCACUCCAUGCGGUACCUCCACAGGUACGGUGCUAAGUGUGUGGGCAUCGCUGAGUUUGACGGCAGCAUCUACAACCCAGAGGGCAUUGACCCCAAGCAGCUGGAGGACUACAAACUGCAACACGGUACGAUCGUAGGUUUCCCCGGGGCUCAGCCGUACGAGGGCAGCCUCCUGGAAGCUCCGUGUCACAUCCUGAUCCCUGCCGCCAGCGAGAAGCAGCUCACACGCAACAAUGCCCACAGAAUCAAGGCCAAGAUCAUUGCUGAGGGAGCCAACGGCCCAACCACACCCGACGCUGACAAGAUCUUCCUAGAGAACAAAGUCAUGGUCAUCCCUGACAUGUACCUGAACGCCGGUGGUGUGACAGUGUCCUACUUUGAGUGGCUCAAGAACCUGAACCAUGUCAGCUAUGGACGUCUCACCUUCAAAUACGAGAGAGACUCCAACUACCAUCUCCUCAUGUCCGUUCAGGAGAGUUUGGAGAGGAAGUUUGGAAAGCAGGGAGGACCAAUCCCCAUUGUCCCCACCGCUGACUUCCAGGCCAGAGUCGCUGGUGCCUCUGAGAAGGACAUUGUUCACUCUGGGCUGGCCUACACCAUGGAGAGAUCUGCCAGGCAAAUCAUGCGUACGGCCAGUAAGUACAACCUGGGUCUGGACCUGCGGACGGCUGCGUACGUCAACGCCAUCGAGAAGGUGUUCAAGGUCUACAACGAGGCCGGCAUCACCGUCACAUAAUCACCCUAUCAAAGUCAGACCCCUCCCAUACUGCCCUGAUAUUUGUUCCACCGCUUCCACAUCGCCCAAUCAGCCUUUAGAACAUUUGAGCUUUUACAUUAGAGAUCCCCACCUCCCUUUCGUAUGCACGCACGCACACACACACACAUGCAUACACACACACUGACACUGUGUUCUGUGUCCCAUGACCUCGCCAUAUCUCAGUAUCAUGACGGUAACUCUGUAUAUCUGUAUCGUUUUGUUUCAGUAUUGUCGUUCAGUUAUUAUUUGUGUAUUUUGAAAGCAGCAGGUUGUAGCAGGAAGCUAGCAAUGCUGAGAGAGAUUUAAGACGACCCCCCCCCCAUUACUAUCUGAGUUCAAUGUCUGUCUUUUUGUCUUGUUUGACCCUGGUGUUGCCAUGGUUUCAGACCACAGCACUGGAGAUGCCUUAGCUCUGAUGGAGCUCUGUACUGAAGAGACGCACAUACACCACUAUACUGUACUUAAAAAAAGGAAAUAGAUUUCAUGUUAACUUUAGACUUAUACUUUAUUUUAAAAAAGGGAAAUGGUUUAAAACUUUAUAACACGGAAAGUUGAUAUCAUAUGUGUUCCUCCCAGAGGAUACGGGUCAGAGGUCAAGGCCCAUAUCCACAAAGCAUCUCAGAAAAGGUCCUAGGAAUUCAGUUAGAACCUGUUUUAAGACACAAUAAAACUCCCAGCUCAGAGUAGGUUUUAGGAUGAUGUUAAGACACUGCUCAGAUGGGCCUCCCGAGUGGCGCAGCGGUCUAAGGCACUGCUUGGGGCGUCACUAAAGACCUGGGUUCGAUCCCAGGCUGUGUCACAACCGGUCGUGACCGGGAGUCCCAUAGGGCGGCGCACAAUUGGCCCAGCGUUGUCUGUGUGAGGGGAGGGCUUGGCCGGGGGGGGGGCUUUGAUUGGCUCAUCGUGCUCGACUCCUUGUGGUGGGCCGGGUGCUUGUUGAACAGUGUUUCCUCCGACACAGUGGUUAAGCGGGUGGGUGUUAAGAGUCUGGUUUGGUAGGUCAUGUUUCAGACUCGACCUUCGCACUCUCCUGAGUCCAUUGGGGAGUUGCAGCGAUUAUUUUGACAAUAUUACCGUUAUAGCAACACACACAUUGUUACUCCCGUUUAACAACUCUAAAUCGUUUUGGCACAGUAGGCAUCACGUCACUUGCCGAUAAUGUUUGUAAUUUUCAUUGAACACAAUCAAAGUUUGCAUAAGCAAACCUACCUAUAUCUACAGUUGGGACAAUUUAUAGGUUUGCCCAAUUUAGACAUAUAUUUUAACAAUGUGAGGUUGCGUUUCAAAUGGAUAACUUGAUGUAGGUAAUUAAAUAAUCGAAAAGAAAAUCUGUUUAUUUAUUAGCGUAGUGGUUAUAAAUAUUUAGGCAAAUCAUGUGAAAUAGGACUUGUGAAAUCGUUGUCAAAAGGGCAAGAGAUACUGUUGCAUGUAGGGCUAGAUCAUUUAUGGAUUGAUGAAAUAUCAAUAUUCUUUUAAAAACUCAAAAGCAAAAACAAUCCACUGACUGGCUGCAUUUUUCUAUUAUCAAGACACCUGCUGGUAACUUAACUGGUUAGGACAGCUCAUGAGGUGUCCUGAUUAUCUGUCAACUAGGUGGGACUCUUAUGACUAAAGAGGCUUCAUGCUUAGCUUUUACUUUCACUCAUAAUAGUAGGAGUGAAAUAUUAUCUAUUCUAAGCACUUAUGACCAAUUUUCAACUCUGAGACGCUUUGUUGAUACGGGCUCAGGGUUAGAGGUCAGGGGUCAUGGUUAGCGUUCUGUGCUGAGGAACACUGGGUUCUACUGUGUUUGGUUUAGUAAAGUUCUACACCCUUCUCCACUACAUCCGUCCCCCCACGAGCCCCCCAACCUUCCCUGCCUACUGCUCCGGUCUUGUCCAAUCUGACCCUCCUCCAAACCCCCCGCCCUGAGCGAGAGUCAAGCUACUCAAUGGAACAAACGUUCUCCUUUUACUUCUCCAAUAACCCGUUCAAGCCCGCAAAUGGAAAUUGCUUUGGGAAAUGUGUAUUUCCUUUUUUUUGUUGAAAACCAAUAAAAUGAUGACAAAAACACAA